AUGAGAACCCUGACUGAGGAAAAAAAGCAGAGACGAUGGGCCAAUAACCUCUGCUUAUACAGUGGUGAACCUGGCCACAUAGCCAGAAGUUGUCCAAAAAAAGGCGUUGCCAAUCAUAGGAUUGUCGCUGCAGAAGCAAUGCCAGAAAGGUCAGGAAAAGACUCGGGUGCUUCUGCUUGCUUUCUUGACUAUAUACUAGCACACAAAUACAACCUACCUGUUAAAAAGAAGAAUAUCCUACUAUCAGUAGAAGUGAUUGAUGGUCGAAAAAUAUCAUCUGGAGCAGUCUUAUAUGAGACCGAGCCAUUGCUGCUGUGCUACCAGAACCAUUGUGAAGAAAUUACAUUCAACUUGAUCCAAAUGCCACACCACCAGGCUAUUCUGGGAUUACCAUGGCUAGUCCUUCACAACUCUAAUAUUAAUUGGCAUGAACGAACUCUGCAAUUUCUAGAUGAGGGGUGUAGUGCACACGGUUGGCAUUCAUUUACGAUGUACCCAGCAACCAACAUCAGUACAUCAGAGAAAGUCUUCUGGGCUCAAAUUUUUCAUGUAGCCCCUGUAAACGGGAAGGUUGAAACAGCUACGCCAACACUUCCAAUAAAAUAUAAUAACUUCAGUGAUGUAUUUGAUAAAAAAGAGGCAGAUAGGUUAUCAGAGCACAGGCCUUAUGACUGUGCGAUAGACUUAGCACCUGGGAAACAACCCCCAUGGGGGCCUAUAUACAAAUUAUCAGAAUUAGAAUUGGAGACACUAAAGAAGUAUAUAGAAGAAAACCUAGACAAGGGAUAUAUCAGGCACUCUAGUCCUGGAGCGGCUUUAUCAUUUCGGUCUGUAUGCAAAACUGGAGAAGUGCGAGUUUGA